AUGUGGAUUAAAAGGAGCUGGAAUGGGGGUAUGAACGUGAUGGCGGCGGGAGUGAGGACUGUCUUCUGGAGCAGCUCCCAGGCGAGGCAGGCGCUGUCGUCGGGCUGGCGGGCCAAGACGCCGCGGAGGCCGGCGCUGAAGAAGCCGUCCAACCCCGGCCUGAAGGAUCCCGUGGGGGUGUACUGCAGGGUGCGGCCGCUCAGCCGGCCCGACCAGGAGUGCUGCAUCGAGGUGAUCAACGAGACCACGGUGCAGAUCCACCCGCCCGACGGAUACAGGAUAUUCCGCAACGGGGAGUACCGGGAGACGCAGUAUUCAUUUAAAGAAGUGUUUGGCACACUCGUUGUUCAGAAGGAGCUUUUUGAUGUGGUGGCUAAACCUCUAGUGGAAGAUCUCAUUCGUGGGAAAAAUGGUCUCCUUUUUACAUAUGGCGUGACAGGCAGCGGGAAAACACACACCAUGACGGGAUCUCCUGGUGACGGAGGACUUCUCCCGCGGUGUUUGGAUAUGAUCUUCAACAGCAUAGGACCGUUCCAGGCCAAGCGAUUUGUUUUUAAGCUUGAUGACAAGAAUGGUGUGGAUGUUCAGUGUGAAGUAGACGCUCUCUUAGAGCGCCAGAAAAGAGAGGCCAUGCCGGUUCCAAAAACUCCAUCUGGCAAGCGGCAAAUAGAUCCAGAAUUUGCUGAUAUGAUCAACGUGCAAGAUCACUGCAAAGUGGAAGAAGUUGAUGAAGAUAACGUCUACAGCGUCUUUGUCUCCUAUAUCGAGAUCUACAACAACUACAUAUAUGACCUCUUGGAGGAAGCUCCCUUUGAUCCUAUAAAACCAAAACCUCCACAAUCCAAAAUACUUCGUGAGGACCAGAAUCACAACAUGUAUGUCACAGGAUGCACAGAAGUAGAGGUGAAAUCUACAGAAGAAGCUUUUGAAGUGUUUUGGAGAGGUCAAAAGAAGAGGCGCAUUGCAAACACUCAGCUGAAUCGAGAAUCUAGUCGCUCUCACAGUGUUUUUAUAAUAAAGUUGGCUCAGGCCCCCCUGGAUGCAGAUGGAGAUAACGUGCUACAGGAGAAAGAACAGAUCAUUUUAAGCCAGCUGUCUUUAGUUGACCUGGCUGGAAGUGAAAGGACUAACAGAACGAAGGCGGAAGGGAACAGGUUGAGAGAAGCAGGGAAUAUUAAUCAGUCGCUAAUGACAUUAAGAACGUGUAUUGAAGUUCUACGGGAAAACCAGAUGUAUGGAACAAAUAAGAUGGUCCCGUACAGAGAUUCCAAACUGACUCAUCUCUUCAAGAACUAUUUUGAUGGUGAAGGAAAAGUGCGUAUGAUUGUGUGCGUUAAUCCUAAAGCUGAGGACUACGAGGAAAGCUUGCAAGUCAUGCGCUUUGCAGAAAUGACCCAGGAGGUUGAAGUUGCCAGACCUGUUGAUAGACCGCUCUGCGGCUUAACGCCGGGACGGCGCUUUAGGAAUCAAGCCUUCAGAGAGGAACUCUCACGGAAAUUGGAGAUGCGGGGUGGCCCAAUAAAUGGAGAACCAGAAGAGCAAUCUGUUUCAGAAAUGUUUUUGCAGAACUUUCCUCCAUUGCCUUCAUGUGAGCUAUUGGAUGUUAAUGAUGAUCAAACACUUCCAAAGCUUAUUGAAGUCCUGGAAAAACGCCAUAAACUACGACAAAUGUUGUCAGAGGAGUUUGCCAAAAACGUGCUUGCAUUUAAAACAAUGCUGCAAGAAUUUGACUCUAGUGUUGUGUCCAAGGAAAACUAUAUUCAAGGAAAACUGUCUGAAAAAGAGAAAACAAUAGCAGGACAGAAAAUGGAGCUAGAACGCCUGGAGAAGAAAAUUAAAACUUUGGAAUACAAGAUUGAGAUUUUAGAGAAAACUGCGACAAUUUAUGAAGAAGACAAGCGUAAUCUUCAGCAAGAACUAGAAAGCAAGAGCCAGAAAUUGCAGCGUCAGGCUUCUGACAAGCGUCGGUUGGAGGCACGAUUGCAAGGCAUGGUGGCAGAAACAACCAUGAAAUGGGAGAAGGAGUGUGUAAGUGUACUACCAUCAAAGCAGCUGGAAAUGCAGAACAAACUUUGGGUCAAAGAUGAAAAACUGAAGCAACUGAAGGCCAUUGUUACUGAACCAAAAAAUGAAAAGCCAGAAAGGCCUUCGCGGGAGAGAGACAGAGAGAAGCCUGUUCAGAGAUCAGUGUCUCCUUCACCAGUACCUAACGCACCUCCAGUUCGUCUCAGACACAGACGGUCGCGCUCAGCUGGGGAGAGAUGGGUAGAUCAUAAGCCACCUUCUAAUCUGCCCACUGAAACAGUCAUGCAGCCGCACGUCCCUCAUGCCAUCACGGUAGCGGCUGCAAGUGAAAAGGCGCUAGCUAAGUGUGACAAGUAUAUGCUGACGCACCAGGAGCUAGCCUCCGAUGGGGAGAUUGAAACAAAACUGAUUAAGGGUGAUGUGUUCAAAACCAGGGGUGGUGGACAGGCCGUGCAGUUCACCGAGAUAGAGACUCUGAAGCAAGAAUCUCCAACUGGUCGAAAGCGAAGAUCCUCACCUUCCAAUCCUGACCCACCCGAGGAUGCUGCAGACUCAGAAUGGACUGAUGUGGAAACCAGAUGUUCUGUGGCGGUGGAGAUGAGGGCAGGAUCAGCUCUUGGGCCUGGAUAUCAGCAUCAUGCUCAGCCCAACCUUUAUCAGAUGCUGAUGUAG